AUGCCUUCCAACGAGACCAAGGAUGCCAAGGACAGGCCUGCCGAGGGUAAGUCACGGUUCUACGCUCCGACCAGCAUGGAGAAGUGUGCCAUCUUCUUGAGCGACCUGUCAGGUCCUAUUCUGGCGUCGCAUGGUCGCAACGACAGUGGCAUAUCGAUCGGAGCCAGGAUCCGCGUGGAAACCAAUGACGGUUUCGAUCCUCACAUCGCCCUCAUCUUGAAAUUCCCAGACGGCACAGAUAACGAGGACAACGGUUCCGGUGUACGCUUCCACUACACAAAGAAUGGGAGCACAUACGAUCCUUUUCCGACUCUCGAGAUUGGGAUUCGAUUUCACCGCCAGAAGUGGACUCAGAAGUUUGAGGAGGCGUCUCCCGAACUGCUCAGCAGAUUCCCUUCGCUGCAAGAGGGUCCUGGCACGACAAUCAUCACCUUCUCAUGCGACGUGGAUGACAACGACAGAGUCUCGGUCGAAGGCUUGGGUAUGGCCUACAUCAACAAGUCGGAGCCCGAGCUUGAGAAGUUUGUGAACGAGAACGGUUCUCUUCAUGGAGUCACGCUAUCCGACUUCAUUCGCCGCAAAACCUUUCAUGUUUUCAUGAUCAGAAAGGGUAAACCGGUUCACAUCCACAAGAACUUCAGCUUCGAGAACCUGCCGCAACCCUUCGACUACCCUUACGGCGAUGCCCACAACUUCGAUCCCGAACGCUGCGCAGAGCUUCUGGCCAAGUUUCCGCGGACGAGAGCAUUCAACUCCGUCCACAGUUUCAAGGACGCCAACUCCAUGUUGACCGUUACAACACAAUCGCUGCUGCAGGACAACUUGUUCUUGUGGCAGCAGGCUCAACUUGUCGCUGGUGUCAAGCUACGCGCCUACUUCGUUCACGAUCCUGAUCGCCAGAGUAUCUACUACGUCAUUCUUCCUCUCCCCGAGGACUUCAUGGAUCAGUUCAGGCUUGCAUGGAAGAGACUCUUGGACGAAAAAGUUUCUCUGCUUAUAUGGGAGAACGAGGACGACGAGAAGCCCUCUGGGUCUUGGCGAUGUAGCUUCAAGACGUACGCAAGCGGCAUCCAAACUCUCGAGCCUCACCCUCGUGGUCAGUCCGAAGCCGUUCUUUCCGUGUCAAUCCCGCCCUCCCAUGAGCCCGGCAGUCGAUGCAAGGUCAUGAGCUUCGAAAGUCGAGCGGAUGCCAAUGCGGCUGGGAUGGCGCACUAG